CUGAUCAAGUCUGUUAGAAAGGAUGACCUACCUGCACAACGCCUUUCAGCCAUCCGAACACGAAAUGUAGCCACUUCUCUACAUCUAUACCACUCAGGUCCCGUCCAAGCAAUACAACAGCAGAAGACAGUGCCCAACUCAAAAGGACCGUUCAUCGAAGAAGAUGAGGAGGAAACGGUGCCAGAUGAUGAAGGCUGCGGCAACGAGUCACGACUGCCGGCCCAGUUCGACGGUCAAUAUGAUGAUCCACCACCAAUGAUAGCAGAAGACGACAUGGUGGUAACGAACGCUACACGGUCAAUACAGCCGUUGCAGAACAUCCCGCCAGAGGUGAAUAGCACAAGGAAGCAGUCAAAAUCGACGCCUUCAGGGGAUAUCUCGGCCUCUUCAUCACUAAGAAAAGGCGGACAGCGAGGAAGAUUGGGAGACGACGAGAACGCCGAUGUGCCAAAAGCUGAAGCAGUGCAGACGAAUCAAGUGAGGCUAAGUGGAGAGAUCAAGUCACUACUCGAGCGACAACAUUCUCACCCAGAACCAUCGCCGGUUGAACAGCCAGUCAAGGGAAGAUGGAGAAAGGAUAAGAAAUUGGGACGCGCGCCGUCAUACACAUCAAAUUCCUCCGCUUCAGUAUCCUUCCGCCAGCAUCAACAUUUGGACGCAGUGAACACAGGACCGUUAGCUAAUCUGGUGGAAGGCGAAGCACCUGCACUAAGUCAACAAGUCACCUACGAGACACCAGAAGCUCAAGAAUAUCGACUGAAGAUGAGCAAGAAGAUGGGCACGAGACUGAUGGACGACAGUGUCGGCGCACGAGUAGAAAGCCCGGGACUGGUGCGUGAUGUUGAGGCAAGUGGUGCUGCUGCAGGUGUUGGCGGUAGAGUGCGUGGACGGCAGCGAACUGCAAAGAAUGUAUGAUCAAUGAUGUCAGGAGAUUGCUGCAAGCCUGGAUACGAACAUAGCUAUGUAAGAUAAGAACACAGCAUGAAAUGCUUGUGAUUGUGAUCGUGUGUUCUUGGUGCGCAUGCGACAGUGAUCCAGUGACGAAGCUAGAAGAAAAAGAGGAACAAAAGGAGAAAUAUCGAAACGAUGUCGCCAUAUCGAACGGUCC